AUGUCCCCGCUGUGCCCCCUGCUGCUGGCCCUGGCCCUGGCGGCCGUCCCCGGCGCCCGAGCGGCCUGCCCGGCAACCGCGGACCUCAAGAAGGCCGACGGGACGCGCACGUGCGCCAAGCUCUACGACAAGAGCGACCCCUACUACGAGAACUGCUGCGGGGGCGCCGAGCUGUCGCUGGAGCCGGGAACCGACCUGCCUUUCCUGCCCUCCGACUGGACGAACGUCGCCUCCUCGCUUGUGGUGGCCCCGCGCUGCGAGAUCACCGUGUGGUCCCGACGCGGCAAGGCCGGCAAGUCGCGCAAGUUCUCGACCGGCGUCUACCCGCGCCUCGAAGAGUUCCGCAAGGGCAUCUUCGGCCACUGGUCCAACACCAUCGCGUCGGUCUACUGCAGGUGUUACUGAUGCCUUAAAGAUACUUCAUCUUCAACCCCCACACGGGGCAGAGCCCCUCACCUGGCCUUAUCACUGAGGUCUGCUGAAGGCCCCAACCCCCAGGA